CCCAUUGUGAGUCCGCCCGCGGCGCCCGGGAACAUGUGGGUGAACCCUGAAGAGGUGCUGCUGGCCAACGCGCUGUGGAUCACCGAGAGAGUCAACCCAUACUUCAUUCUGCAGCGAAGGAAGGGGCACGCAGGCGAUGGAGGCGGUGGCGGAGGACUGGCUGGCCUCCUGGUGGGCACCCUUGAUGUUGUAUUGGACUCCAGCGCCAGCGUCGCUCCCUACCGGAUCCUGUACCAGACCCCAGACUCUUUGGUCUAUUGGACCAUUGCCUGUGGUGGUUCCAGGAAAGAAAUCACGGAGCACUGGGAAUGGCUCGAGCAGAAUCUGCUGCAGACACUCUCCAUCUUUGAGAAUGAGAAUGAUAUCACCACGUUUGUGAGAGGAAAAAUACAGGGCAUAAUUGCAGAGUAUAACAAAAUCAAUGACGUGAAGGAAGACGAUGACACUGAGAAGUUCAAGGAAGCCAUCGUGAAAUUCCAUAGGCUCUUUGGGAUGCCCGAAGAAGAGAAACUCGUCAACUAUUACUCUUGCAGCUACUGGAAGGGAAAGGUCCCCCGGCAGGGCUGGAUGUACCUCAGUAUUAACCACCUCUGCUUUUAUUCUUUUCUUAUGGGAAGGAAAGCCAAGCUGGUAAUCCGGUGGGUGGACAUCACGCAGCUUGAGAAGAAUGCCACACUGCUCCUGCCUGACGUGAUCAAAGUGAGCACGCGAUCCAGCGAACAUUUCUUCUCUGUGUUCCUCAACAUCAACGAGACCUUCAAGCUAAUGGAGCAGCUGGCCAACAUUGCCAUGAGGCAGCUCUUAGACAACGAGGGGUUUGAGCAAGACAGAUCCCUGCCCAAACUGAACAAGAAAUCCCCUAAAAAAGUGUCCGCUCUGAAACGCGAUCUUGAUGCCCGGGCAAAGAGUGAGCGAUACCGUGCACUUUUCCGCCUGCCCAAAGAUGAAAAGUUAGAUGGACACACAGACUGCACGCUCUGGACCCCAUUCAACAAAACGCAUAUUUUGGGUCAGAUGUUUGUGUCCACAAAUUACAUCUGUUUUACGAGCAAAGAGGAGAAUUUGUGUAGUCUCAUCAUUCCACUCCGGGAGGUGACGAUUGUGGAAAAGGCAGAUAGCUCCAGUGUACUGCCCAGCCCCUUGUCCAUCAGCACCAGGAACUGCAUGACCUUUCUAUUUGCCAAUUUAAAAGAUAGAGACUUUUUAGUGCAGAGGAUCUCUGAUUUCCUGCAACAGACGACUUCCAGAAUAUACUCAGAUAAAGAGUUUGCCGGAAGCUACAACAGUUCAGAUGACGAGGUGUAUUCUCGGCCCAGCAGCCUCGUUUCCUCCAGCCCCCAGAGAAGCGCGAGCUCAGACACCGAUGGGGACCGCCAGUUCAACCUGAACGGUAACAGUGUCCCCACGGCCACGCAGACCCUAAUGACCAUGUACCGGCGGCGCUCGCCCGAGGAAUUCAACCCCAAACUGGCCAAAGAGUUUUUAAAAGAGCAAGCAUGGAAGAUUCACUUCGCUGAGUAUGGGCAAGGCAUCUGCAUGUAUCGCACAGAGAAAUCGCGGGAGCUGGUGCUGAAAGGCAUCCCAGAGAGCAUGCGCGGGGAGCUCUGGCUGCUGCUCUCAGGGGCCAUCAAUGAGAAGGCCACCCACCCUGGCUACUACGAGGACCUGGUGGAGAAGUCCAUGGGAAAGUAUAACCUCGCCACCGAGGAGAUCGAGAGGGACUUACAUCGCUCUCUUCCAGAGCAUCCAGCUUUCCAGAACGAAAUGGGCAUUGCUGCUCUGAGGAGAGUCUUAACAGCUUACGCUUUUCGGAAUCCUAAUAUAGGAUAUUGCCAGGCCAUGAAUAUUGUCACAGCAGUCCUGCUUCUUUAUGCAAAAGAAGAGGAAGCUUUCUGGCUGCUUGUGGCUUUGUGUGAGCGCAUGCUCCCCGAUUACUACAACACCAGAGUAGUUGGUGCGCUGGUGGACCAGGGUGUCUUUGAGGAACUGGCCCGUGACUAUGUCCCGCAGCUGUAUGACUGCAUGCAGGAUCUGGGGGUGAUUUCCACCAUCUCCCUGUCUUGGUUCCUCACACUGUUCCUCAGCGCGAUGCCCUUUGAGAGUGCGGUUGUGGUUGUCGACUGUUUCUUCUAUGAAGGAAUCAAAGUGAUAUUCCAGUUGGCCCUGGCCGUGUUGGAUGCAAAUGUGGACAAACUGUUGAACUGCAAGGAUGAUGGGGAGGCCAUGACUGUUUUAGGAAGAUACUUAGACAGUGUGACCAAUAAGGACAGCACCCUGCCUCCCAUUCCUCACCUCCACUCCCUGCUCAGCGAUGAUGUGGAACCUUACCCAGAGGUAGACAUCUUCAGACUCAUCAGAACUUCCUAUGAGAAAUUUGGAACAAUUCGGGCAGAUUUAAUUGAGCAAAUGAGAUUCAAACAGAGACUGAAAGUGAUCCAGACCCUGGAGGAUACUACCAAACGGAAUGUGGUGCGUACCAUCGUGACGGAAACGUCCUUCACUAUUGACGAGCUAGAAGAACUUUAUGCUCUUUUCAAGGCAGAACACCUCACCAGCUGCUACUGGGGCGGGAGCAGCAAUGCGCUGGACCGGCACGACCCCAGCCUGCCUUACCUGGAGCAGUACCGCAUCGACUUUGAACAGUUCAAGGGCAUGUUCGCUCUUCUCUUCCCCUGGGCCUGUGGAACCCACUCUGAUGUGCUGGCCUCCCGCUUAUUCCAGCUCUUAGACGAAAAUGGAGAUUCCCUGAUAAACUUCCGAGAGUUCGUCUCUGGACUAAGUAAGGACACUGAUCUUUCAUGAAAGUUGGAGAGGGUUUUUUUCUUUUACUUUCUACUACAAAUGUUAAAUUGAUGGAUAUAUUCUAUAACAUUCUGAUUUUUUCUUUCUCAAUAUCUCUUGGCAGUUGUUGGACUGGAUAGCAGAAGCAAACAAAGUGCAGAUGAUGGUUUUGUCACAGUGAGUCUAAAGCCAGACAAAGGGAAGAGAGCGAAUUCUCAAGAAAAUCGUAACUACUUGAGAUUUUGGUCCCCAGAAAAUAAAUCCAAGAAUGCAAAGGAUUUACCCAAAUUGAAUCAGGGCCAGUUUAUUGAGCUGUGCAAGACGAUGUAUAACAUGUUUAGCGAGGACCCCAAUGAACAGGAGCUGUACCACGCCACGGCAGCAGUGACCAGCCUCCUGCUGGAGAUCGGGGAGGUGGGCAAGCUCUUCAUCACCCAGCCUGCAAAGGAGGGCGGCGGCGGGGGCAGCGCGGGCAUCCCAGGCGUGCUCUUCCCCAAGAAAGCGCCCGGCCAGCCUUACGUGGUGGAGUCUGUGGAGGCCCUGCCCACCAGCUUGGCCGCCGACGGUGAGGAGCACUCCCUGGGAGGACAGAUGGAGGACAUUAAGCUGGAGGACUCCUCGCCCCGAGACAACGGGGCCUGCUCCUCCAUGCUGAUCUCCGACAACGACACCAAGGAUGACAGCUCCAUGUCCUCCUACUCGGUGCUAAGUGCUGACUCCCACGAGGAGGACAAGCUGCAUUGUGAGGACAUCGGGGAGGACACGGUCCUGGUGCGCAGCGGCCAGGGCACAGCGGCGCUGCCCCAGAGCACCAGCCUGGACCCGGACUGGGCCAUCACCUUCGAGCAGUUCCUGGCCUCCCUACUGACGGAGCCCGCCCUGGUGAAGUACUUUGACAAGCCCGUGUGCAUGAUGGCCAGGAUCACCAGUGCGAAAAACAUCCGGAUGAUGGGCAAGCCCCUCACCUCCGCCAGUGACUACGAGAUCUCAGCCAUGUCAGGCUGA